GUCUUCACUGAAUUUUUAAUUGUGUUAUAAAAGCAAUUUUAAAUAUUAAAACUUUAAGGCAAUUAAGACACAGUGAUAUAUGGCAAACUCUCGCCCACUGUCACACAAACAGUAUACGUUUUAAACUGGAGUCGUACUGUUUCCAGUUGGAAAAUGAGGCUGCAGAUAUACAUUAUAUUUCUGUGUUGUGCAGUUGCUGUUUCUCAAAAAAAUGCCAGAAGAGGCUAUGGGGUUCAGAAUCCUCAAUUGACCCAAAUUUUGAAUUCACCACUGCAAUCUUUGUUCUCACAAAUAUCCUCUAUGUCCCAAUCUCAUCUUCAGAUAACAUUGCAGCAAAUCUUUCAAAAGCUUGCGACUCUAUUGGUACGAUUAUUGCCAUUUGUGAACAUCCUACUCAAUCAGGUUACCGAACUUUUGAAAACAGUUACGAAAGAUUUAGUUGAUAUAGUGAAAAAAUUGGUGACUCUCCUAGAUAUGAUGCUUCCGGACUGGAGAAUGAUUGUACGAGAACUGGUUGGAGCUCUUCUGAAGCUGAUUCAGGAUUUCUUACCGCAGUUAAAGCCAUUGCUGGCGGAAGUCAUAAAUAUAGUAACGACACUGCUCAAAGUAUUGCUUGAUAAAAAUCUUCUCAAUCUCGGUGAGUUGCUUCAAACAGUGGUGCAACCAGCCAGUAACUUACUAAAUAAAGUCUUAUAGUUGAUUUUUUCUAAUCAAUGACUAACGUAAAAGAUUGUCCUAUUAUAGAAAGUAGUUUAAAUGUUUGUACGGGUAACUCUGAAGGUACUCUAUGUUGUGGAUCUUGAUUUAUAUUUUUUCUUUAUCGCAAGAGCUGUGUUUCUAAUAAAACCUUAAAUGUACCUUAAAUUAAACAUUAUUAUCUUUCUGUUAAGUAAUAAAUGAAUUUUCUAAGA